ACUGAUUGUCAAAAAAAAAUAAAGAAAAUUGAUUGGACCAUGUGUCCAAAUAUAGUGGAGAAGAGAGUAAAAAUUCUUCAUAAUGCAAAAGAUUAAAUUGAAGUAUAGGUAAAAAAUAAAUUGAAGUAUGCAAAAGAUAUUGUAUAUCUUCUUUUAUAGUAUUAAAUUUAUUUACAUGAUCGCAUUGCAUCACAUCAGAUCUAAUUGAAGAUCUUGCAAGAUAGCAUAUGUCGGAAGUAAUGUGUCACCUGCCACGUCUACUUCAUUUGGUGAUGAUGAUGGUUGAUACUUCAUUCUAUGCACAGUGUCAUUGAAUUCAGACUUUCCAAUUCCACAUAAACUCAAGAAUCUUAGUUGAGAAUUAGAUUCAGUGAAUAGGAGGUGCUAAAAUGGAAAAAAUUCCCAUAUUUUUGGUGGGGUUUUGGCUAUUAAGUACUUGGGCUGGUUUAUUGGAGACAGAAGAUAUGAUGAAGUAUAAGAACCCUAAUGAGUCAGUUAGUAUUAGGGUUGAGGAUCUUAUUAGCAGAAUGACUCUUGAGGAGAAAAUUGGUCAAAUGUUACAAAUUGAGCGCAAAUAUGCAUCUAAUGGUGUGCUCAAAAAGUAUUUUAUAGGGAGUGUUCUGAGUGAGGGAGGGAGUAUUCCAGUUCCAAAGGCUUCUGCUGAAAACUGGAUUGAUAUGUUGAAUGAAUUUCAGAAGGAUGCUUUAUCAACAAGGCUUGGAAUUCCAAUGUUUUAUGGGAUUGAUGCUGUUCAUGGUCACAGCUCUGUUUACAAAGCAACUAUUUUUCCUCACAAUAUUGGCCUUGGAGCUACCAGGGACCCUGAACUAGUCAAGAGAAUUGGAGCUGCAACUGCACUUGAAGUUAGAGCAACAGGAAUUCAGUAUGUUUAUGCACCUUGUGUAGCAGUCUGUAGAGAUCCGAGAUGGGGUCGAUGUUAUGAAAGCUACAGUGAAGAUCCUAAAAUAGUUCAAGCUAUGACUGAUAUCAUAUCAGGAUUGCAAGGGGACAUCCCUGAUAAUAUGCCAUAUGGUGUUCCAUUUAUCGCUGGAAAAGAAAAGGUUAUAGGUUGCGCUAAGCACUACGUUGGUGACGGUGGAACAACCAAUGGGAUUGAUGAGAGUAACACUGUUAUAGAUAGAGAUGGAAUGAUGCGAAUUCACAUGCCAGGCUACUAUAGCUCUAUCAGCAAGGGUGUGGCAACCAUUAUGGUCUCUUACUCGAGUUGGAAUGGCGUAAAAAUGCAUGCUCACCAUGACCUAGUUACUGGCUUCCUCAAAAACACUCUCCAAUUUCAGGGCUUUGUUAUUUCAGAUUUUGAGGGUAUUGAUAGGAUCACCUCUCCAUUUCGUGCAAACUGCACUUAUUCGGUUCUAGCAGGAGUUUCUGCUGGCAUUGACAUGUUCAUGGUUCCGAAGUUCUACAUCGAAUUCAUUGAUGAGCUAACAGUGUUGGUGAAAAAUGAGUUCAUUCCAAUGAGUCGAAUUGACGAUGCCGUGAGAAGAAUUUUGCGGGUUAAAUUCAUGAUGGGUAUUUUUGAGAACCCUUUUGCUGAGUACAGUUUGGUCAAAUAUCUUGGGUUUAAGGAGCAUAGAGAACUAGCUAGGGAAGCUGUAAGGAAAUCCAUGGUCCUUCUAAAAAAUGGUAAAUCUGCUGAGAAGCCUCUAUUACCUGUUCCUAAAAAGGUUCCGAAAAUACUUGUGGCUGGGAGCCAUGCAAAUAAUCUAGGAUAUCAGUGUGGUGGCUGGACCAUUGAAUGGCAAGGAAUCAGUGGCAACGAUAAUCUCAAAGGGACUACGAUUCUCACUGCCGUGAAAAACACUGUUGAUCCAGAGACCAUAGUGAUCUACAAGGAGAACCCUGAUAUAGAGUUUGUCGAAUCCAAUGGAUUUUCCUAUGCCAUAGUUGUAGUAGGAGAGCAUCCUUACGCUGAAAUGCAUGGUGACAGCAUGAACUUGACAAUCCCUAAUCCUGGUCCUGAAACCAUAACAAAUGUUUGUGGAGCUAUAAAAUGUGUGGUUAUCAUUAUUUCGGGACGCCCUUUAGUUAUUGAACCGUAUGUUGGUUUGAUAGAUGCAGUUGUUGCUGGUUGGUUACCAGGUAGUGAAGGACAAGGUGUGGCUGAUGUUUUAUUUGGUGACUAUGGUUUUACAGGAAAGCUUCCACGAACAUGGUUCAAAAGUGUUGAUCAACUUCCAAUGAAUGUUGGCGAUUCUCAUUAUGAUCCCCUUUUCCCAUUUGGGUUUGGCCUUUCUACCAAACCUACUAAAGCUAUUUACUCUCAGUAGCUAUAAUCUUUUGAACUGCAUUUUUUUUGUCAAAUAGUUUAGUGGCUAUAAUUUCACUUUUUAGGGUGAAUAAGUGGGAGUACCAGGGUUCGAACCCCGGUCUUUGCAUAUUAUAUGUAAUGUCCCUGCAAAUUGAGUUAUGCUCACCGAGACUUUUGAACUGCAUAUUUAUUAAAAAGAAAACAUUAAAAGAUUGUGGAAGGUUGAUUUUGAACA